UCAGUUCAAAUGAGAUGCUUUGUGGGAGAGGUGGUGUUGUUUGGUAUUUUAAUUUUAACGGUUUGUUGACAAUAAAUUAUAAAAGUAUAAUUUAUUUGUUUUAAAUAGUGUGUGACCGGUUUUGUUUGUUACGUUUGUGGAUAUUAAAGUGAUAAAAUGGCGACACAACCAGAAGUCGGCGUGUCCGACUUUGUUUUGCUGGACAAUUUGACAACAGACAAGUUUAUCGAAAAUUUGCAUUUGAGGUUUCAACACAACAAGAUUUAUACGUACAUCGGCGAAGUGCUGGUCUCGGUGAACCCUUACAAGAACCUGGACAUCUAUGGCGCGCAGCACAUGGCCCAGUACAGGGGGAGGGAGAUGUUUGAAGUGCAGCCGCAUGUGUAUGCAGUGGCCGAUGCCUGCCAGAGGGUCUUGCGGCAGCAGGGCAAGGAUACGUGCGUAUUGAUAUCUGGAGAGUCUGGCGCCGGCAAGACGGAGGCAUCCAAGUUCAUAAUGAAAUACAUAGCGGCGAACACCACACAGGUGCACAGGGAAUAUAUAGACAGAGUAAAGAACGUCCUAAUUCAAUCGAACUCGAUCCUGGAGACAUUCGGCAACGCGAAGACUACCCGCAACGACAACUCGUCGCGUUUCGGCAAGUACAUGGACAUCCACUUUGACUACAAGGGCGACCCGGUCGGCGGACACAUCAGCAAUUACCUCCUCGAGAAGAGUCGGGUGGUCGGCCUGCAGCCCGGCGAGAGGAACUUCCACGCUUUCUACCAGUUGCUAAGCACGAACAACGCGCAAACGAAGAAUUUCGGCCUAUCGUCAAGCGCGGCGUACAAGAUCCUGGGCAGCGAGAGGACGACGGCGCAGGAUUCUAAACUUUAUUCCGUUACCAACAGUGCCUUCAAUGCCUUGGGUUUCAGCAGCUCUGUCGUCGAGGAGAUAUGGAAUAUCGUAGCUGGAGUUGUACUACUGGGCGAGCUGACGUUCAGCGAGUCUGCGGAGGGGCAGCUGUCGGUGGGCGGGCCGCUGCGUGCGUGCGUGCGCGCGCUGGGCGUGGCGGAGGCGGCGCUGCGCGCGGUGCUGCGCGCGCGCGUGCUGGCGGCGGGCGGCGAGCUCGUCAGCAAGGACCACUCGCUCUCCGACGCGCACUACACGCGCCUGGCGCUCGCCAAGGCCGCCUACGACCGCCUCUUCACCUGGAUUGUGCAGCAGAUCAACAAAGCCAUCGACGUGCCGUCUGGAACGUACAAGAACACGUUGAUAGGCGUGCUCGACAUCUACGGGUUCGAGAUCUUCGAGACGAACAGCUUCGAGCAGUUUUGCAUCAACUACUGCAACGAGAAGCUGCAGCAGCUGUUUAUUGAGCUGGUGCUGAAACAAGAGCAGGAGGAGUACGCUCGCGAGGGUAUCCAAUGGACUCCUAUCAAAUACUUCAACAACAGGAUCAUCUGCGAAUUGAUCGACGCGCCACAUCAGGGCAUCAUCGCCAUCAUGGACGAGGCGUGCCUGAAUCCUACCAAGAUAUCUGACCAGCAGCUGCUGGAAGCGAUGGACAAGCGUCUGAACGGGCACAAACACUACACCUCGCGGCAGCUCUGCCCCACCGACAAGAAGUUGAAGCACGGCGUAGACUUCAGAAUCACGCACUACGCGGGCGACGUGACGUACGCGGCGACCGGCUUCAUGGACAAGAACAAGGACUCGCUGUGGCAGGACCUCAAGCGGCUGCUGCACAACUCCGAGAACCGCUCGCUCGCCGACAUGUGGCCCGAGGGCGGCACCGAUAUACAGACGACGUCCAAACGUCCCCCCUCGGCUGCGACGCUGUUCCGCAACUCGAUGUCAGCGCUGGUGACGGGUCUGCAGAGCAAGGAGCCGUUCUACGUGCGCUGCGUCAAGCCCAACCCGCUGCAGACGCCCAACGUGUGGGACGAUCAGCUGGUGCGUCACCAGGUAGCGUACCUGGGUCUAGUAGAGAACGUGCGCGUGCGCCGCGCCGGGUUCGCGUCGCGACAGCGCUACGACCGCUUCCUCAAGCGGUACAAGAUGCUGUCGCAGUACACCUGGCCCAACUUCCGCAGCGGCGCCGACCGGGACGCGGUCGUGGUGCUGCUCAGGGACCUCAGGGUCGAGGAUGUGCAGUUCGGACACACCAAGCUCUUUAUUAGGAGCGCCAGGACCCUGCACGCGCUGGAAGCCGCCCGCGCGGAGCUGAUCCCGUCGAUCGUGAUCCUGCUACAGAAGCUGUGGCGCGGCACGCUCGCGCGCAUGCGCUACAAGAAGAUGAAGGCCGCAUACGUCAUCUACAAUGCUUGGAAACGCUACCGCUACCGCCGCUACAUCGCCCAACUGCAGACGGAACUACAGCGCAACCGCGGCGUGAUCAAGCACUGGCCCCCCUCCCCGCGGGGGGUGGCGGCGCUGCUGUACGGCGCGUACCGCCGCUGGCGCGCCUACAACACGCUGCGCGCCGUGCCGCGGGACCAGUGGCCGCAGCUCAAGAUGAAGAUCAGCGCCGCCGCCGCGCUCAAGAGCAGGAGGGCGCACUGGGGGGCUGAGAGGCUGUGGCUGGGAGACUAUCUGGCCAGGGACGAGUACAAUGCUAGGGCAGGUGUGUACAAGGCGCAAAUCGCGAGCAUGCAGAAGUCUCAGCAAAUCUCUCGCGCGUUGUUCUCGUGUAAAAUCCACAAGUUCAACCGGUUCAACAAGGCGGCCGAGCGUUGUUUACUCGUCACAGACUCCGCCAUCUACAAACUGGACGCGCACAGCUUCAAACCGCUCAAGAAACCGACACCUAUUACUGACGUCGGCGCUAUCCGCAUAAUGAGCACCGACGUGCAGCUCGUGGUGAUCAGCAUACCGUCAGCGAAGAAUGACCUGGUGGUGGGGUUGGUGGUGCCGCAACCCGCCGCCCACCGCCAAGCCCGACCUCGUGGGGAGUUGUUAGGCGUGCUGGCGAAUAGAUAUCACAUGCUCACGAACUCGGAAGUGUCGGUAGAGGUAGAGAGCGGUGCGACGACGCGCUGCACGUUGGGCGGGCGCACGCGCGCGCUGCAGCUGCGCCCCGCCACCUCGCCCGCCUCGCCCACCGCGACCACCGCGCCGACCUCGCCGCCCUUCACGCAUGCGCACGACGUCAUCACAUACCACCCCGCCUCGGCGCGGGCGUGAGGGCUGCUCCACAUGUUGCACCAGUUGGAUUGAUGGACAUUAAAUUUAACACACGAUAUGAAAUGAGGUGAGAUGACAAAUGUUUACAACCUUAAUUAACAAUAAAAACUUAGUCUCGCCGCUUCGCCUGCGUGGAAUUUGGAUUGUGACAAAUAUAUAAAAAAUAUUCAUAUGUUCAAGCUUACAGAAACGUGGAUCAGAUUUUUUUCAAUACAAAUAUAUAAGUGCAAAAUAUUUUUUAGUAACAGAUAUAAAAUGUGCAUGAUGAGUUAGUGAGUCUAACUUGAAAUGUGCGGAUUUGAUACAAUGAAUCGAAUAGUCAUUAGUCGAUUGUAAAUAUUUUAAUUAAUCGAUAUACAAUAUAAUCCGUGCAACUGCAGGAAAUAUAAAAAAAGUUAUGUGUUUUUUUCCGAAUAGAGCAAAUCUACAAUUUGUAAAUCGAUGCAUUUA